AUGCCUUCACUCUUGAUUACCAGCGCUGUAGCUUUUGCCGUAUACUGGACUGGGUCAUUCCUCUGGCGAUAUCUUAGAUACAGGCUCCUCAGAAAGCAGACAUGCGUACUCGAUCUCGAACAGCUGGGACUUUCUAGGAGCGCGGAUCAGAAGAUCCACGGUACAGCGGUCAUUUGUGGUGGAAGUCUUGCAGGUCUCUUUGCAGCUCGUGUUUGCCAUGAUCACUUCAACGAGGUCGUCAUCGUCGAACCGGAAGUAUGGGCGGACCGGCCAGAUGCGAAGCGCCAGGAUGCGUGGAACCAGGAGAACACUCGUUCCCGCAUCAUGCAAUACGAAUCUCUACACGGUCCCAUACAACGGCUCGCCUUCAUGGCGCUGUGCAAUCUUUUUACAGACUUUAGAAAAGAAUGUGAAGCAUCAGAUAUACUCGUUGGUCCCGCUGAUUAUCCGGUCUCGACAUGGGGACGCUGGUCAAAGAAACCUUAUGGACAGUAUAACGGUGUCCUCCCUGACACAUUGACUGCUAGCCGUCGUGGUCUUGAAACUCUAUUGCGCCGCUUAGUCCUCGGGGGCCGUCACAAGAACAUUCGACAAGUAAUUGGAACGGUUACCGGCGUCUCUCGCAGCGCAUCCAACCCUGAAUAUCUAGAUCGCGUGACAAUUCGUACGACCGCAGGCGCUCAAGAAAUCAACGCCGCUUUGGUUAUCGAUUGUACCGGCGCGGCAUCUGCGGGUAUGAAAUGGCUACGACGCGAAGGGUAUGGGCAGGCAGAGACACACCCUAGUAGAAAACUCCCUUUGGACGAGCUGAAAAUCACAUACGACCAAAAGAUCGUCUAUUCGACUCUCAAACUCCAUGUCCCACCUGAACUGGGCAAGAGGCUCCCCGGUCUUCCGGCAUCAUUCGACAAGUGUGGGCUUAUCUAUGUUUGCUUAGCCGACCCUGUGUUGGACUGCCGCGGUAUAUCGCUCCAGCGUAUUGAAGGAAACUUUGUUCAAAUUUGCUGUGCCGUUUUUGGUUCAGGCGAGCUUCCCCGGACACUCGAGGAGAUCAAAAAGUAUACGCGAUCGAUUGUCCUUCGUGAUCCUAUGCCAGAGUGGUUUUUACAGAUACUCGAUAUGCUUGAAGAGGUUGAGGAUACCCUGACUUGCAGUCAAGUUCCAUUCCGUAAGAUCUUCCGGAAAAUCCAGACAUCUAUUACUGAGCUAAUGGAUCACCGGCGUCUAGCUGGGGCAAGUUACACAAGGUUCGACAAGGCCGUCAAUCUACCACCAAAUUGGAUAGCCAUCGGCGACAGUGUCAUGAAAGUCAACCCUCUCUUUGGUCAAGGAAUCGUAAAGGCACUGAUGGGUGCGAUAUGCCUCAACACGAUGUUGCAAAAGCGCAACGCCACUGUUAAAACCCCGAAGGAGUUUUCGGCCGAGUUUUUCGAGAUGCAGGGGAACAAGAUCUCGCCUUUCUGGGAUGCGGACAAGGUUUGGGAUUACGGAUAUCACACCACUGUUCCGAUUGCUGGAGAGAAGUUGGCCGACAGUUGGUUCUUACGGUGGUACACCAGGAAGCUCAUCAUGCUUUCGUUUGAUGAUGAGCAAGCAGGAUCCGUUUUAUGGCAUGCUAAUAUGCAGCUCACGCCUCAGAUAGACGCGAUGCACCCAAUAAUUGUCCUGAAGAUCCUCUGGGCUACCUUCAAAGGUUUCUUUACGGCUGAAUAG